CCUGAACUUUCAGUCGAUAUUUUCACCAAAGCUUUAUAUCACGUUUUGUAGUGUCGGCCUAAUUGUCGACUUUUUAUACUAUUACUCAUUUAUUAAAGUCGAUUAUAAAUAAUAUACAUAACACAAUACAAAUUUUGUUUAAAUUUAGUGUAAUUUUUUUUUUAUUAUUAAAUGUAAUUAUCGCGUUAGGGAACACUGUAAAAGUAAGUUUUAUUUGAUUAUUUAUCAGUGCGACAUUUAUCGAUUGUUAACAUAAAAGGUCUUAUUAGUAUUCAGGUAACUCGCGACCAAUAAUGUACAAGAUUACAAGCCGAUGGAGUACUGCUCACGUCACAUUUAUUGUUUUCCUCUCCUGGAUUGGUAUAGCACACAGCAUCGAUUGCUUCAAGUGUGUAUCAAUGAAUGGCAAGUUCCCGGCUUGCGAUGACCCAUUCCACAACAACCAUUCUUUACAAAUGCUGGAGUCACCGUGCAUGGGGGGGAGGAAGGGCCGCGACGGCCUGUUCCCCGCCACGUCUUGUAUCAAGAUCGCGGGUGUCUUUGAUGACACAGGAGAGAGGAUAACCGUACGUGGUUGUGGACUAGACUCGGGCACUGCCACCACGGAUACAGAAAUUAUCAGAAUGUCCCACUGUGGUCGCUUCUACUAUAAUGACAGGUACGUCCACGGUUGCCUGCAGAGCUGCAACGACGCGGACGCUUGCAACACGGCCGUCGAAGCGUCACCACACACAUCUUGUCUAUUAUUGGUAUCCGCCAUUUUGUAUCACGUGACAUCGCUCAAGAGCUAACAAACAAAUUGAGCGUUUGUAGAAAAAUAUUAAUGAAAUGCAGACAGGAGUAUGCACUAGUUUGUAAAAAUUUCGGCAUGUUUAUUUGUUCACUAGCUUUUACCCGCGACUUCGUUCGCGUGACCGGGAUUUGUUAUAUCUCAUAUGCGGAUAUGUUGUAUAUAUAUGCAAUAAUUCUGCAAAUAUGGUUAUAAUACUUCACUUCAUAUUCAUACAUAAUAAUAAAAGCCGCUCGCCAAUUUAGAAAUUUUACAUCGAAUUAUGUUUAAUUGUUUAUUAAUAAUUAAUAAAUCAAAAGGGGGGUAAAGAAGUUCUUUCAGGGUCGGCAACGCGCGUUCAUAGGCUACGGUAACCGCUUACCAUCAAGCGGGCUGUAUGCUUAUUUGCUACCUCAGUGGUAAAAAAAAAUACAAAAUAUUAAAUAAAAAAAAUCACAAGUCUCGAUCCUAGCGCCAUCUAGUAUUUGCUUGUCUAAUUUUGUUUAGUGAACAACAAUACAUAAGAAUUAAAAUGAAGUAGGUAUAAAACAUUUCGUAUUCAUUCCUUGAAAUUGUUUAUAUUUAUUUAUCUAAAACAAAUAUGGCGGUGCGAUAAUUCAGAACGCCCUAUUCGUAAAUAGUUAUUACAGUCUAUGUUAUAUAAACGUAACACACACUAAGAGAAGAUGGACAAAAUUUUAUCAAAUUUAUAAUUUCAUUUAUUUAUUUAUAGCAAGGCAACAGAUUACAAAUUAAUACAUUAAUAAAAUUAAUAUUGAAUAACAUUUAAACCUGAUUUAUCGGUAUGAGCAAUAAUUUAAUUUAAUUUGCCGAUUGAGGAUGUUUAAAACAUUUUUUUUUUAUUACUGGUUAUUAAUAAAAUACCAUUAAACUUAUAGAGUGUAUUAAAAAAAUAUUACAUAUGAAACUGACCACGGUUCAACCACUUUAACACGAGCGGUAACAGAUAAAAAAUUGUUCACUUUCACAUUCGAAAAAUAACGCUAGUGCAUUCUCAAGUCUGCGAAACGGCGAAAUGUCCAUUAAAUUAUAAUAUAUUAAAGCUAAUAAGUAUGUCUAAUUAUAGUGUAAUCUAUCACAAUAGUUCAUUGGCGUAUUUGAGGUUAUAUCCAGGUAAUGCCUGGCUCUUUAUAAAAAGCACGUAAUGGCGUCGAUUCUUUGCCGCCAUUUUUAUAACCCUAUCUCUAAAAUUAAAAUUUCAAUUUGAUAUUACCGCGAAAUAUUUAUUGUAAGGAUCAAUAUAAACUAAUUUUUUAACAGAUUUUGUCAAAUCAACCUUUUUUUAAAAAUAAAAAAUUAAUAAAAACUAAAUGUUCAAAUUUAACACAAGUCCAAUUCUUUUGUUACGAUUCUAAUGUUUUUUCUGUUCACUUCUACAAUAAACAUCGUCCUUUACCAUCAUUUUCUUUAUGUUUUUUAUUCCAAUAUUCCUUAAUUAAGAAAUAAUAAGACUUAGAUGACCUCCUCGCGGUUCUCCCUGGAAACUAUCAUGGUUAAUUCCUGAUGAAUUCAUCAUGAUGGGCUAACUGGCCUGUUUUCAUUCUCAUCUAUCGCCCUUCACUGGUGCUCCGCCAGCGUAUCCCGUUAGCGCAGGCGGGGUUACCAUACCAUUUUCAUCCAAAAAAAAAAUAAGACUUAGAUAGUGUAAAUGACGGAUUUAAUACCAUAUGGCGUUAUCUACCAAUCGAACGUAGACAGGAAUAACAGAAAAUAUAUUUGAAUGUGUAACUUAAUGAGCAAAAACAUUGGAAAACAUAAACAAUAUUAAAUUAAAUUAUCGAAUUUAAAUAUUGGGUCAAGAGAUAGGUUUAGAAAAUUGGCGCCUCAGAAUCGACCCCAAUGUACUCUCAGACAAGUGUCUUUACGAAGCUUCGUUCGUACCAUGGGAUGAGCACUAGACCAUUCUGUGAUGGGUACGAAGUGAAAAAUACGCUUAUGCAAUAGAUACACAUUUUUGAAUGCAUUUUUUAGGAUAAAAAGAAAAUUGUUAUCGAUUUGUAUGCAAGUUCCAUACUUACCUAAUUCUCAUUAAAAAGGAAUUAUUUAUGUUACUACAGGCACUGAAAAGCAAUAUUUAAAAAAAACCUAUAUGAACAAAUAUCAUUUAUAACUAGUAAAAAGAUUCUUACCGUUCGUUUUUCAUACCCUGUCUCGUUUUCUACUUGUUAGUGGCAUAAUUGGCGACACUAGUCCUUUGCUAAUAUUAAAAAAAAAAUUUGAAUAACCGAAUAACGCUAGAUGGCGUUAACUACAGAAGAUAAGUGCAACACGGCAAAAAGACAAAAUUCAGUUUAAAAACUAUUUAACGACAAUGCGAUUUUUUAACAGAAUAUCAUAUUUUUUUUUACCUAAAUAUUGAAAAAAAAUCUUGUGUGUAUUAUUAAGGUCAAUAAUUUAAAAAGUUUUUGUUCAAAAGCCAUUCCCAUAAUAUGUACAGCCGAAAAUAUGUCCUCCUUUCUUUAAAAACAGUAUGCGAAUGAAUGUUUCAAUACGAAAAUACUAUCGAAUUUUUAAUACAGAGUAUAUAUACUUGCAUAUUAAUCGAAAAUCUCAAUUAAUAAUUAUUAUAACAAAUAUAAUUUAAAGCCUAACACACCUAUCGAAUCUGUUAAUUGUAAUUAAUUUGCAAUAUUAACAUUCUAAGAUAAGGCCUAAGUUCAAAAGACGACUGCUGGUAACUGAUACUCUUUUUCUACGCUGUUUAAUAAUUUAGUACAUUUUUCAAGGAAUGAUAUAUAUAUAGGUUAUUUAAUAUCAUGAUAUGACCACGGAAAAAGUAAUAGGAAAAAGAUAAAGCAUUGAAAUAGAUUUACGGAGACUAAGUCUUGCGUUUAUAAAUAUUAUGCACAGUUCGCGCCAACUUGCACAAAAUCAUAGAUAAAGAAUCUGGCCAGUGCUAUUGUUAUUCACUUAUCUAUGUAAACAACACAAGUGACUAAUUAAUUGCUGUUAAUAGCGUUUAUAGCUUUAGCAUGAAAUGUGGCAACACUGCAAUUAUCUGUCAAUUUUCAAAAACAAUGUAAUAAUUUUUUAUGUUUCUUAUUGAUUAUUUAAAAACUGCUUGUAAAACGUUAAUCAAGCUACAGUACACUGGAGGGUUUGUCAGAAAUCAAAAAUUUAUUCCGGGUUCUUAGAAAUGACUUAAUAAAGUGGACUACCAAUCCUAUUGCUACACCCUGUCAGGUCGGCUUCCUCGUGGUUCCCCUUGGAAACCAUCGUGAUUGAUUUAUUGUUAGAUUAAUCACGGUGGGGUAACUGACCUGCUUCAUUCUCACCUAUCAUCCCUCACUGGUAUCCCGUCAAUGUAUACCGAUAGCGGAAGCAGAGUUACCAUUCCAUUACGUCCAUUAAAAAAAAAAACAAUUUGAAAAUUAUUCAAUUGUUUUUGUAAAUUGACAGGUAAUUGCGUCAUUGCCAUACAUUGUUAUGAACGCUCUCAAAUAGUCGUUUGCUGUAUUGUUACAUAAAUAAAGUAAUUCCUUUAUUCAUAAAAACUAAAACCUACUACAAACCUAUUUUCUCUAUUGCUUUGUCACUUUUCUCAAAUUAAGAAUUUAGAGGUUAAAAGAAAAAAAAAACAAAGCAGUUCAAUAGCUGAAAUAGGUUUAUGAAUAAGAAUUUAGGACAUUUUUAUGAAUAAAGGGUUAAGAAAACGAUUUGUUCCGUGGUAACAAUAAGUAUACAUAUUGUCAAAAGGCGAUUUAAAACUUAAUAUUUUUAAACCUACCUACUAUGGUAGCUUUACAAUAAAAGAAAAAUGGUAUUAAAAUUAAUAAAUUUAUUUCAUGUAUUCUCCAUAGGGGUGGGUAAUAUGUAGUGAAUACUAUAUAUUGUAGUUACAAUAUCUAUAUAUCAUCAACGUUUUCAUCACCGAGGUUUUCCCGAGAGACUACAGCAUGGGGUUCUUCAAAAGGGGGGUAAAGAGGUUUCUUCAGGGUCGGCAACGUGCGCGUAAUACCUCUGGUAUUGCAGGCGUUCAUAGGCUACGGUAACCGCUUACCAUCAGGUGGGCCGUAUGCUUGUUUGCCACCUCAGUGGUAUAAAAAAAAAACGUAUCAGCCGUUAAUUGUUCACUGAACAUAGGUUUCCCUCAUAAGAGGAGUUUUACUGCGCUUGACAGUUGCGUUGGCAACCGCAGUUAUGCUUUGGUGACGUUUUAAGAGAGACGCUGCUGUCUGUACCUUAACAUUUAAGUUUCCUUAGUCGCAUCUAACACUCACGGGAAAGAAAUAGGUAGUCUAUUUUAUGCUGGGACUAUACGGUAAAAUCUAUAUAUCAGUCCUGAAUAUCGUUUAUCCAAUAUAUAGUAUUUAAAUUAAGAACCUGAUAGAUAUUAAUGUAUCUGACUGAAAUGUAUCUGAAAUGGCUUAUGACCUUUUUUCGUCAUCAUUGUAUACGGGUACCCAAUAUAUAGAUAUGAGAGCAGUGCCGAUAUUAUCUAUUUCUCCAGGAAGGAGAUGAAUCCUUAUUGCUGUGACUGAUGUCGGUAACGUCACGUUAUCUAUAUAUUCAGUUCCUCUGGAUACUGAUGGCGGCAAAGAAGGUCAUAUAUUAAUCUUCUUCGGGUUCAUCAUUUUGAUAUUAUAUAUUGGUUAACCGUUAUUUAAUAUACCUUUUAUUGAACCGAUAUAUAAAUAUUGUAACUGUAAUAUAUAGAUAUUGUCAAAUAUUAUCCACUCUACAUUAUUUAAGUGAAGGACAAUAAAAAAUACCGUGAGAAUUUGAUAUCCCUCAUCUAUGUCCUUAAUAGAUGACUGAACACUACUGUUUCCUACAAUUUUCAAAAUUUCUUUCGCUUGGCUGUGAUAUUGUUUAUUUCUAAGAUGUAUUUAUAAUACAGUAAACAGUUUACUACCUAUGUUGUGUUUACUUUGUAUAAUAUUUUAUUUACUAUAAUAUUGUCUAUGAUCAUAAAUGGCUGUUAUUAGCGGCACUGCAUGGAUAAUUAAUUUCUAUAAUGUCUAUGGUAUUGUUCAUUUCGUUAUUUUUAACUUACAAUGUCAAAAUGGCGGGAACGGUGAAUAUUUAGUUUAAAUUGAAGAACUGUAUUUUGAGUAUACGAUGGAAUAUGCGAUGGAACAAUACAUAACUGUUUGUUAUGAUUGUGGUGUGUUUUAAAUAUUACUUCUAAAAAAAAAUAUUCGAGAUACGAACCUAUUCUAUAUGACGAUGACAGCAAUGGUUAUAAAAAUGGCGACCGAUUGUCAUUAUAUAAAAGAAGAAAAAACUUACAAUAAAUUUCAAGUGCAGAUACGAGUAAAAUACCUAUCAUAUUUUCAACCAACAAAUCGACGUCAAUGGAGGUUCUCAUUUCAGUUGUAUUUUUUUUUUUUUAUGUUUGUUACCUCAUAACUUCGUCAUUAAUAAAUCGAUUUUGAAAAUUCCUUUUUAUUUUAAAGUAUAUAUUUACAGAUUGGUCCUUUAAAAAUGUAUCAAAACCUUUUUAGUAGUUUAGUUUUUAUAUCGAAUUAACUGCUAAAACUGAAGUCGGUUUUCUUUUGUGCAAAGUUUGCAGGAUUCCCAGCUAUGAAUAAGAAAUAAAUAAGAAUAUCUGAUAUGUUUGUGUCUAUAUUUUUGUUUCGCGGUAAACAAGUACUAUUUACGAUAUGAACAAUAUCAUAGAUAAUGAAGUCAAUGUUGACUUGCCUCUUUGAUCACUUCAUGGCUUAAUCUAGCACGAAUUAGUAACUUAACUAUUGUAUGUAGGUAUGAUAUAGACACUUUUUUUAGCAUUUUCUAAAUUUGUAUUAAUUAAUAACGGUAUUUUUAUUACGUGUUUUUUGUUCAAUCACUAUUGAAUAUUUACCAUAAUGAUUGAACAAAAAAAAAUUGACACGUAACCAUUAUAUGGCACAGUUUAGCUUUUUAACAGAAUGAAAUUAGAGCAUGUAUAGACGCUUUUAUACUUAUCUACGUCAAUUUGUAGGAAUUUAUACAUGCAAUACUAUGCCGAGAAAAGAAAAAAAGGGAGGCUUCAUUUUGUUACGUGCAUAUAGCUUUAUUAUAAAACUAUUUGUAGGUAUAUUUAUAUUUUUUAU